CCACCAUACCCUCUACUUCGAGCUCUGCGUCGCCUCCCUCUCUCGCUACGCCUCCUCACUGCACCAAAACCCCGUCCGCCUCGCUCGCAUCGCAACAAAACUCGCCUCCUCCCGCCUCCACUCCACCAUCAUCCACAUCUCCACCUUCCUCCGUACCAACUCCACCGCCACGGACCGAGAGGUCGCAGAGCUGAAGGACUGCGUCGACGCGCUGAAGACUGCAGACGAGCAGACGAGGAUGUCGGAGGCAGAGAUCAGGCGACUGGGGACGGAAGAGGGUAUGGAGAAGGCAGCAUGGAGGGUGUCGAACGCGCGGACGUGGAUGAGCGCGGCGCUGACGAACGAAGAGACUUGUACUGAUGGUUUUGAUGGGGAGGAGAGGGGGACGGUGGAGGAGGAUGUUUGUGGGAGAGUUGGAACGGUGAAGGAGCUUAGUAGUAUUGCGCUUGCUUUGGUGAAUUGUCUGGAUGAUUUCUUGCCGAGGACACCUACAUCAUUGGAGCAUAUUUUCAGGUCGAUAUUCUGUUUGCCUUGCUUGUUGGUUAUAGCUUGUAUGAGGGAUACAUUUACGUCGGAAGAGAAGAAGCUGAAAGAUCCGAAGAGGUUUUAUGCUCCUGGGAGGAUGUUUCAUAUCGUUGAGAGAAAAUCUUGCAGUUCUGUGAGAUUACCUCCAGAGGUGAGGACUGCCAUUCCAGUAGAAGGGAGAUUUGAACAUAUUGUGCUUUCUUGCAAUGCAAUUUGUGACCAUAGAAUUGUAUGGAUUGAGCAAGAGGCGCAAAAGGCUCUAGAAAUAAUGGAGCAAGCUGAUAAGAUGAAGACCCCUCCAACACAGCAAAAGAUGGAGAGAAAUCACUCUCUCGAAACAGAGCACAAGGAUGCAAUGGAAAGAGCACUGCUUCUGGAUGUACCCUAUGUGGCUUCCCCUGGAGAAUUUUGCGAAGAAAACAGCUCCUUGUCUCCUUUAGACAAGAAAAGCUUGUCUAGUGUUUCAAAAUCCAGCAGCAGGAGUGAUUGGGAUGGAUUGGUGGAGGAGCUCCUUAAUGAAGAAGAGAAAGUGGAGCAAGAGAAGCUGACAAUCGGCGAUAGUGCUAUUGCUAUAGUUGAAGGGUAAAUGUCCGCAGUACAUAGCGAGUGGAUAUUUCUUUUUCUUUUCAUGGUUGAAUUCUUUUUUUUUUUGAAAUAUCUUUAUUUUUUGUAUUAUAAAAUGGGUGUUGUUCAGUUUUAUGUAUAGGUUUUGCUGGGAAUGCAAUUGAACAGUCAAGUUAAUAGGAGUAGUGAUCUUUUCUCCAACCUCUAGUUUUUUAAACAUCUUAGCAAAAUUGAUUGUUUGCUC